UGAAUGUUUGGUGCCCUGGAUAGUCAUGUUUUGUCACACUCACAUGAUGAAGUCUUCGGUGCAGUACAUCACGAAGUCGCGUUGGAGGCUUUUUCGGCCUCUGUUGGCGUGGAAGAUCACGGAUCCGAUGCUGAGUUCGGUCUCCUUCAAGGCGGCCUCGACCUUGGCGGUGCGUGUCCAACCUGAAUCCCAAGCCAUGCCCCCAAUGCCUCAAGCUCCUCUGGUCCCAUCGGGGCAAGUGGCGCCUCUGGAACCUGUCGUGCAGAUCCCCUACGAAGAGCUGCGCGAUCUGACGCCUGCUGCGCUUGACAAGCUUCACAAGGCCUUUGUUGGUGAGCGUGCCUACGGCGCGGUGGCCAUCACGGGGAUUCCGAAUUAUGCUGAGCUCAAACAAGACGCCUUUCGUGCAGGUGUUGACCUGGCUCUGCUGGAUGCGGAAGGGCGCAAACGCUCGGCGGCUGUCAACAAUACAUAUCCUGGUUGGAGUGGGACUCCAGGCAGCGAGACGCACCCGCUUCAGAACAGCUUCCUUUUCAACGUGAAGGAAGAACUGAAUGGUGGCAAAGCGGAUCCGUUCUUUGGCAAGAAUAUUUUCCCAAGCGAGGACUAUCGCGAGACGUGGGUGAAAUUUGUUGAUGUGAUGUACUCGACUUCGUUGCAAAUUCUCCGUGGUUGUGACAAGGUUUUGGACACGGAGAUUUCGCAGUGGCAGAAGGACCGAAGCCUCGAACGUCUUGGAGACGACGGGCCUGCAUUGGCAGGACGCUUUAUUUGUUAUGAUUCAGGUUUUACCAGGGAGGAUCGUUUGUUGGAGACGAGGGAUGGACUGGGCGUUUCACCAGGAAAUUCAAAUGCAAGUUCGAUCGCCGAACUACCCGAACCUAUGCAAAGUCCCAACGAGACAUCAGUGAAAACUGUGGGACAUGCUGGUGAUGGCCUUGCGUCCAUGCGGACGCAUACUACGCCUGUGAAGACGGCCGGUCAUGCUGGUGAUGGCCUUGCGUCCAUGAGGACACAUACUACGCCUGUGAAGACGGCCGGUCAUGCUGGUGAUGGCCUUGCGUCCAUGCGGACGCAUACUACGCCUGUGAAGACGGCCGGUCAUGCUGGUGAUGGCCUUGCGUCCAUGAGGACGCAUACUACGCCUGUGAAGACGGCCGGUCAUGCUGGCGAUGGCCUUGCGUCCAUGCGGACGCAUACUACGCCUGUGAAGACGGCCGGUCAUGCUGGCGAUGGCCUUGCGUCCAUGCGGACGCAUACUACGCCUGUGAAGACGGCCGGUCAUGCUGGCGAUGGCCUUGCGUCCAUGCGGACGCAUACUACGCCUGUGAAGACGGCCGGUCAUGCUGGCGAUGGCCUUGCGUCCAUGCGGACGCAUACUACGCCUGUGAAGACGGCCGGUCAUGCUGGCGAUGGCCUUGCGUCCAUGCGGACGCAUACUACGCCUGUGAAGACGGCCGGUCAUGCUGGCGAUGGCCUUGCGUCCAUGAGGACGCAUACUACACCUGUGAAGACGGCCGGUCAUGCUGGCGAUGGCCUUGCGUCCAUGCGGACCCAUACUACACCUGUGAAGACGGCCGGUCAUGCUGGCGAUGGCCUUGCGUCCAUGCGGACCCAUACUACACCUGUGAAGACGGCCGGUCAUGCUAGUGAUGGGAUGGCAACUAUGCAGACACCCAGUGCCCCUGUGAAGCCAACGUCGACUGGCUAUCCUCUUGAACUGUCUGGCAGUUUGGCGGGCAGUUUGGCUGGCUCUGCCGCUGAAGUUUCUGAAGUUCCGCAGCCGGAAACAGACUACUGGCUGCCAUGGCAUGUCGAUUCCAAUUUUGUAACCAUUCUUCACAAGGAGAUGUAUGCUAGUGAAAUCACUGGCGAAUUCAUCCCUGAGCCACCCGGCUCUGGCUUAAUGUUCAUGAAUGAGGUUGGGGAAACAACCAUGCUGAAUUGCAGCGACCCCAAUGCCUUGCUCCUCCAGAUGGGCGCGUUUGCGCAGAUCUACACAGGUGGCAAACUUAAGGCUUGCCGCCAUGCUGUGCUGAAUCCAGUGAAACCGGGUGUGGCACGCUUUAACUACUGCAACUUUUGGUAUGUGCCGUGGGACACACUUUGUACAGCUCCAGAAGGCAUGGAGGCCGCGGCUGUGAAUAAGGGAUGGAAUGCGAUGAUGGACGAAAGUUACUUGAACAUCACCAUGAAGCAAAGCUUCACGGCAUUCCGACAGUUCAUGGUCUCACCGGAGGCGCGCGUGCAGUUUUCAGACUCUCAGCGCUUCAAGGAACUUUCGGCCCUUCUUCCCAUCGUACGUCGGAAGCAAGGAGAUGGCAGUGGGCCCGACAUCCAAGUGGACUUGCUCACCGACGUGCGAUGCCCUUUUUCGUUCAUCAGCCAAAUGAAUCUCCAAGCUGCAAUUCAAAAUAUGGGGCUGCAAGACUCAGUGGUGGUCCGCUACCACCCAGUUUUCCUAAAUCCGAACGUGCCAAAGGAAGGCGAGAGCCUUGAUGAUUAUCUUUGGCGAGAGUUUGGAUACACCAAGGACUACGCGCAUUCGGAGGACUAUCCGCUUCGGCGCUACGGUCGUGAAGCAGGUGUUGAAAUGAAUCCCAACCGCCGUGUCGUGAACACCUUUGACGCAUUCUGCGUCAUCCAUGCUGCACAGGAGAAGGGCCUUCAGCAUGAGCUGGUGCAGUUGCUUUCUCGCUGGUACUUUGAGGAAGCCAAGGACAUCUCCGAUGCAUCGGUGCUGCGCGCGGCGGCUGAGGCCGUCGGCCUGGACGGUGAGGCCACGAUGCAACGCAGCCAGGAGCUGCGCGGCGCCGUCCAAGACCGCUACGAGGAGUUCUCCGCAAUGCUGGGUGAAGUGCCACACUUCUUAUUGCGAGAACAGGCCUCUGGUAAUGGAUUGGAACUUGGGGGUCUCCGGUCCGUGGAUGCGUGGGAGCAGGUGCUGCAGCAGGUCAUGGAGCGGGGCAAGUUCAUGGGCAUGACCAUCGAUGGCCCCCACGGACGACAGGUCCGCCUUGACCAAGCGAAUCCCUUCACACCGGUGAGUCAUGCGUUGCCAGCACAGCACGGAUGGCUGCCAACUGCUUGGCCAUACAAGGAGGAGGACUUCUCCCGCAUGGACGAGCGUCCAGAUGACCAGAUGUACGCCGAGCCACGUUUGGCGGAACACUUGGAUCUCGACUCCUUGCAGAGUAUCACUGACACCUACGAGGCCAUUUUCAAGGCUUGUCCCGAUGGCUUCAAGGUCCUAGAUCUGUGCUCCAGCUGGAACUCCCAUUAUCCAGCAGAGAUUCAACGGGCGUCCCAGGUGGCGGUGCACGGUCUGAACUCUGUCGAGUUGGAGAUGAACGAAGUGGCAACGGAACGCCACAUUCAGGAUUUGAACGAGCAGCAGAAGUUGCCAUGGGCCGACAACACCUUCGAUGGUGCCACCCUGGCACUCAGCGUACAAUACUUGACAAAGCCUCGUGAAGUUUUUGCAGAGAUGCAGCGCGUGUUGAAGCCGGGAGGGAUGGCCAUGAUCGUCUUCUCCCAUCGUUCCUUUAUUGAGAAGGCGGUGCGACUUUGGGCUGCCGAGCCGGACGAUGGCGAGGGCCAUGCUCAUGCUGUGUGUCGCUACUUCCAACAUGGCCCAGAGAAGGGCUGGGAGAAGCUGAACACUAUGGAUGUGAGUCCUCGACAUGGCGACCCGGUUUGGGUUGUGACUGCAGUGAAACCAACGCACUGAAACUCGCUGUGAAAUCUCAGAAACUCGCUCGAUGUAGGCAGCAUUUGCCGCAUCUGCCGCAUAUGUGAUUUACAGGGAAUCGAUGCUUGUGAUUUUACAUGCCAUUUUGACGUUCGCUCGGGUGGUUGCACAGUGUGAAAGCAGAAGUUG